CCUACAAGAAAAGCAUACCUCAAUUUCAAUAUAUUUCACACACUCCCCCUCUAUAUCUCUCCAGCUAGUCGACCAACAUCUUCCAUAGGAAUUAAUUACUUGCAUACUAGAAAUAGAUGCAAAUAUAUAUGAUCACACCCUCUCUGCCAAACCCUAAAAGAAAAAAAGAACUCUUAAACCUGCACAAACCAUUCAAAUAUAUCUCUUUCCUUCUUAAUUGAUGAGUUUUAAUUUCCUAAAGAAUUAGCUCAGAUCAUACAAAGCAGAUGAUACUAGAAUCCCUGGCCAAUAAACCUUUCUUGAUCUCACUCUAUUCUUAAACUUCUUUCGGUUUCAUAUUUUAUUUGUGGAUCAUAACAAGAACCUGGGAUAGAAGAUGAGAGCAGGAGGUUGUACAGUGCAACAAGCUCUGACGGCAGACGCAGCAAGUGUUAUUAAACAAGCAGUAACCCUUGCUAGAAGGCGAGGCCAUGCCCAAGUCACUCCUCUCCAUGUUGCUAACACCAUGCUUUCUGCCUCCACUGGCCUAUUUAGAACAGCUUGCCUUCAGUCACACUCUCAUCCUCUUCAGUGCAAAGCCCUGGAGCUUUGCUUCAACGUCGCGCUUAAUCGGCUCCCAGCUUCAACUUCAAGCCCCAUAUUAGGUACUCACUCUCAGCAGUUCCCUUCAAUCUCUAAUGCCUUGGUAGCAGCUUUUAAGCGCGCUCAGGCUCACCAACGGCGUGGCUCUAUUGAAAACCAGCAGCAGCCACUCCUUGCAGUGAAAAUAGAGUUAGAGCAGCUCAUAAUAUCCAUUUUAGACGAUCCUAGUGUUAGUAGAGUCAUGAGAGAAGCUGGUUUCUCUAGUACUCAAGUGAAAAGCAAUGUUGAGCAAGCUGUUUCUUUAGAAAUAUGUUCACAAAGUGCUCCAUCUGUGAGUAGCAAGUCCAAGGAAAGCAAUGGUUUGGUCCUUUCACAGUCUCCAACUUCAAGUCAAGUUAGAGCAAAAGCAACAGUUUUAGAUCCAAUUAAAAACGAAGAUGUGAUGUGUGUCAUAGAGAAUUUAGUGAACAAAAGGAGGAGAAGUUUUGUUAUUGUUGGAGAGUCUCUGGCCAGUAUAGAAGUUGUGGUGAAAGGAGUCAUUGAUAAGAUUCAAAAGGGAGAUGUUCCUGAGGCUUUGAGGGAAGUGAAGUUUUUAACAAUCCCAGUUUCUUCUUUUGGCCAUUUCUCUAGGGUAGAGGUAGAACAUAAACUUGAAGAGCUUAAAAUCCAUGUGAGAAGCUACAUGGGCAAAGGAGUUGUUUUGAAUUUGGGAGAUCUCAAAUGGGCUAUUGAGAAUAGGGCUAGUAGUUCAUCAAGUGAGCAAGGAAGGUGCUUUUUCUGUCCAAUGGAAUACAUGAUCAUAGAGCUUGGCAAAUUAGCUUGUGGAAUUGGAGAGAAUAUUAAUGGAAGAUUUUGGCUUAUGGGGAUUGCCACUUUCCAAACUUACAUGAAGUGUAAUUCAGGCCAUCCAUCAGGAGGUACUGUGUUGGGCCUCCAUCCACUUACAAUUCCUGCAGGCAGCUUGCGCUUGAGUCUCAUCAGUGACAGUGAUCUACGAUGUCAGUCCACAAGCAACAGAGCUGGAAAUGGGUCUAGCAGCUGGAUUAUACAUGAAGGUGGGGAAGAUAAACAGCUCACUUGCUGUGCUGAUUGUUCAGCCAAGUUUGAGUCAGAAGCUCGAAGCUUACCAACUAGCACCUGUGACAGUGAUUCCACAACUUCUGGCCUUCCUGCAUGGCUUCAACAAUGCAAAAAUGAGAAAAACUUACAAAAUAGUGAUAAUCAGAACUCUAUGUCAAUCAAAGAUCUUUGCAGAAAAUGGAACUCAUUUUGCAGUUCAAUCCACCGACAACACUACUUUUCUGAGAAAACCCUCACAUUUUCUUCUGUAUCACCUUCUUCUUCUACUUCAUAUGACCAGCAAUACCCUAUUUUUCAACAAACCCACAUUGAGUGGCCCAUAGUUGAACCCAAGCAGUCAUUGAGGGACCACCCUUUCUGGCUUGGUACAGGGACUCUCAACAAGUGUAGCAUUAAUGAACCAAGUUUGAGAAUGUACAUUCCAGAACAUAAAGAUCAUACCAAACAAUUACCAUUUUCAUCAAAUCCUAAUUCUACUCCAAACUCAACUUCAUCAAGUGAUGUCAUGGAAGUGGUGUAUCUCCACAAGUUCAAGGAGCUAAAUGCUGAGAACUUGAAAAUCCUAUCCAUUGCAUUGGAGAAAAAAGUGCCAUGGCAGAGAGAUAUAAUCCCUGAAAUAGCAAGCACUAUCUUGCAAUGCCGGUCUGGCAUGAUAAGAAGAAAGGGGAAGAUGAAAAACAGUGAAUCCAAAGAAGAAACUUGGUUGUUUUUUCAAGGAGUUGAUGUGGAAGCUAAAGAGAAGAUAGCUAAAGAAUUGGCCAGGGUAGUUUUUGGCUCCAAUGACAGCUUCAUUUCAAUUUCUUUAAGCAGUUUUUCUUCUACAAGAGCAGACUCGACCGAAGAUUGUAGAAAUAAAAGAUCAAGAGAUGAACAAAAUUGCAGCUAUAUCGAGAGAUUUUCUGAGGCAGCAUCAAACAAUCCACGUAGAGUUUUCUUAGUGGAAGACGUUGAGCAAGCAGAUUAUUGCUCUCAAAUUGGUUUUAAAAGAGCUAUUGAAAGUGGAAGAAUAACCAAUUCCAAUGGUCAAGAAGUUGGCCUUAGUGAUGCUAUCAUCAUUUUGAGCUGUGAAAGCUUCAGCUCAAGAUCUAGAGCCUGCUCUCCUCCAAUCAAGCAGAGAACAGAUGGGUCUUAUGAAGAAGAAAACAAUAUUGCUGGUUCCGGUGCUGCAUUAAUGGAGGACACAACCCCAUGCAUAUCCCUGGAUUUGAAUAUUUCCGUUGACGAUGACAACAUAUUGGAAGAUCAAUCGAUUGAUGACAUUGGCCUCCUUGAAUCCGUCGAUAGACGGAUUAUAUUCAAAAUUCAAGAGUUUUGAUGGAUAGAAAAUAAAAAAUCAAUCAUGUAAUAUCAGUUCUUAUUUUUAUUUUCUAUUUAUUGUUGUUUGAUAAGUUUUUAGCUUCUCGUAGAGUUCUUAGGGAGAUUAUGUAAAAUCACAAUGUACAUUAUCCUCCUUUCAUACUUCUUGACCAGAAAAUAUUCCUAUUUCAAUACAUAUCGUUUUCCUCCUUUUCAGAA